UCAGUGAAAGCUGCUCUUCUGUCACUCGUCACUCGCUGGCUGGCUGGCUGUGGGAGGAGCCCGCCGGAGAAAGCCGUGUGCCUGGGAUGCCGAGAGCCAGAGAAAGGAUCUGCUCCGAGUGGGGACGUUGCUGAGGAUCCCCGCUGCCCGAGGCAGCUAAAAACAGGCGAUUUGUCUCGGCUGGCUGCAGAUUCCCGGAGGCACAAAGAGACCCAGGCCACCCGGAGGGACCGACGGACAGACAGAUGGUCAGCGAGACCCGGAGAGGACGCGCGGCGCAGGCUGAGCUCCGGAGCCCGGGGAGAGAAAGUAACUGCACGCCCAAGUUGCCCGCCGGCUUCCCCUCGCCGCGCUGAGGAAUGAGACCUUUCCAGCUCGACCUGCUCUUCGUCUGCUUCUUCCUUUUCAGUCAAGAGCUGGGCCUCCAGAAGAGAGGAUGCUGCCUGGUGCUGGGUUACAUGGCCAAAGACAAGUUUCGGAGGAUGAAUGAAGGCCAAGUCUACUCCUUCAGCCAGCAGCCCCAGGACCAGGUGGUGGUGUCUGGACAGCCUGUCACGCUGCUGUGUGCCAUUCCCGAAUAUGACGGCUUUGUUCUGUGGAUCAAAGAUGGCUUGGCUCUGGGCGUGGGCAGGGACCUCUCAAGCUACCCACAGUACCUGGUGGUGGGGAACCACCUGUCCGGAGAGCACCACCUGAAGAUUCUGAGGGCAGAGCUGCAGGAUGACGCUGUGUACGAGUGCCAGGCCAUCCAGGCUGCCAUCCGCUCCCGCCCUGCCCGCCUGACGGUCCUGGUGCCACCCGAUGACCCCAUCAUCCUUGGGGGGCCAGUGAUCAGCCUGCGGGCAGGGGACCCCCUCAACCUCACCUGCCAUGCAGACAAUGCCAAGCCCGCGGCCUCCAUCAUCUGGCUGCGAAAGGGAGAAGUCAUCAAUGGAGCCACCUACUCCAAGACCCUGCUCCGGGAUGGCAAGCGUGAGAGCAUCAUCAGCACCCUCUUCAUCUCCCCUGGCGACGUGGAGAACGGCCAGAGCAUCGUGUGCCGUGCCACCAACAAAGCCAUCCCUGGUGGGAAGGAGACCUCAGUCACCAUUGACAUCCAGCACCCCCCACUUGUCAACCUGUCGGUGGAACCACAGCCAGUGCUGGAGGACAAUGUCGUCACCUUCCACUGCUCUGCAAAGGCCAACCCAGCUGUCACCCAGUACAGGUGGGCCAAACGAGGCCAGAUCAUCAAAGAGGCAUCUGGAGAAGUGUACAGGACCACUGUGGACCACACAUACUUCUCAGAGCCUGUCUCUUGCGAGGUGACCAAUGCCCUGGGCAGCACCAACCUCAGCCGUACAGUUGACGUCUACUUUGGGCCCCGGAUGAGCACAGAGCCCCAAUCUCUGCUAGUGGAUCUGGGCUCUGAUGCUGUCUUCAGCUGCGCCUGGACCGGCAACCCCUCCCUGACCAUCGUCUGGAUGAAGCGGGGCUCCGGGGUGGUCCUGAGCAAUGAAAAGACCCUGACCCUCAAAUCCGUCCGCCAGGAGGAUGCUGGCAAAUAUGUGUGCCGGGCUGUGGUGCCCCGCGUGGGAGCCGGGGAGCGAGAGGUGACCCUAACUGUCAACGGACCCCCCAUCAUCUCCAGCACCCAGACCCAGCACGCCCUGCACGGCGAAAAAGGGCAGAUCAAGUGCUUCAUCCGGAGCACGCCGCCGCCCGACCGCAUCGCCUGGUCCUGGAAGGAGAAUGUGCUGGAAUCAGGGACGUCGGGGCGCUACACCGUGGAGACCAUCAGCACCGAGGAGGGCGUCAUCUCCACGCUGACCAUCAGCAACAUCGUGCGCGCCGAUUUCCAGACCAUCUAUAACUGCACCGCCUGGAACAGCUUUGGCUCUGACACUGAGAUCAUCCGGCUCAAGGAGCAAGGUUCAGAAAUGAAGUCGGGAGCCGGGCUGGAAGCAGAGUCUGUGCCGAUGGCCGUCAUCAUUGGGGUGGCCGUAGGAGCUGGCGUGGCCUUCCUCGUCCUUAUGGCAACCAUUGUGGCUUUCUGCUGUGCCCGUUCCCAGAGAAAUCUCAAAGGCGUUGUUUCAGCCAAAAACGACAUCCGAGUGGAAAUCGUCCACAAGGAGCCUUCCUCUGGCCUGGAGGCCGAGGAGCACCCCACCAUCAAGCAGCUGAUGAUGGACCGGGGUGAAUUCCAACAAGACUCGGUACUGAAGCAGCUGGAGGUCCUCAAGGAAGAGGAGAAAGAGUUUCAGAACUUGAAGGAUCCUACCAAUGGCUACUACAGCGUCAACACCUUCAAAGAGCACCACUCCACCCCCACCAUCUCGCUGUCCAGCUGUCAGCCGGACCUGCGUCCGGCGGGCAAGCAGCGCGUGCCCACAGGCAUGUCCUUCACCAAUAUCUACAGCACCCUGAGCGGCCAGGGCCGCCUCUACGACUACGGGCAGAGGUUCGUGCUGGGCAUGGGCAGCUCGUCCAUCGAGCUCUGCGAGCGGGAGUUCCAGAGAGGCUCCCUCAGCGACAGCAGCUCCUUUCUGGACACGCAGUGUGACAGCAGCGUCAGCAGCAGCGGCAAGCAGGAUGGCUACGUGCAGUUCGACAAGGCCAGCAAAGCCUCCGCCUCCUCCUCCCACCACUCGCAGUCCUCCUCCCAGAACUCCGACCCCAGCCGGCCCCUGCAGCGGCGGAUGCAGACUCACGUCUGAGGGUCACACCUUCAGGUGGGGACAGCCAGGAAGAGGGCAGAGCACUGCUCUGCUGCUCCAGGGACCAGGGGCACUUUGCAGAGGAUCCCAGAACUCGCCACCUCCAGGACAGCCUCCCAGGCCUCUGCCACCACCUUCCUCCGAAGCUCUAAUCAAGCACAAAUCUGGGUCUGCAGCUGCAGUGUGCCAGAGGUGGGCAGGCAGGGAGUGAACACAGGAUGCAGCUGAUUGAGCGACUUGGUGCCGGGAGCCCUCUUCUCUGCCCCUUCUUGGAGGCCCCUCUUCACCUGCUCCUCCCACAGCACAAGUGGCAGCUAUAACUUUGCUUCCGUGAAACUGCCAGCCACUCUCAGUUCACAGGCUCUACACCUUGCCGUUAGUAAGCACGGCCCUGUGCCCCUGCCCAGCCCUGGGUGGGGUAGGUGGUCCUUCCCAGCACUGAGCUGCCCCACAGCCUGGGCUCCCCGCUGCUCACAGGCAUACCUUGGGGCUGAGAAGCCAGAAAUGGCCCUGACCAAAGGGGCAUUUUUCUGACCUGGCUAGCUGGAGCCCACCCCCAAUUCGUUUGGUGUUUGUGUCUAUACUCUUGCAGUUCUGUCCUUAGACUCGAUACUCUGAACUCAAGGUGGGACUGACCCAGCUGGGGCCUGGAGCAUUGGGAGGGGAGGAGGGAAGGGGGGAGAGUGUGAGUGCCUGGGGAUACCCUGCCCAUGCCCCCCAACUUGUGUGGCUCACAGCCUCCUCACCCGCCUUCCAGCUUUGUGUACUCCCCUUCGCUCCUCAGCGCACAGGGUUAGUGUAAGAAGUGCCAGAGUCUCUCUGUCAGCGUUCUCUGAAGUCAUGAAGAGAGUGUUUCCUGGGAGGUAUUUGCUUUGAGGGCCCUGGAGGUCAGGUCUAUAAGAUGGCCAGACCGACACAAGGACAGAGAAUCCUGCCUUCAGGAUGACUCCAGGCAGACAGGAGAGGUAUCUACACCUCACCCCUCCUACUCACCACCUGAGAAUAAACGAUAGGGGCA